UCACGCAAUCAAAACAUAGCCUGGCGGAAGUGACAUUACCUUAGCGGUUAACACUAAACGGCGAACGACGUCCUUGCCAACUAUCCUGCUUGAAUAAAGGUAUGCCGCAGAAAGAUCCGUGUCAAAAGCAAGCAUGUGCAAUUCAACAGUGUUUACAAGCUAACAAAUACGCGGAGAGCAUGUGUCAGGAUGUGAUAAGGGAGAUGCGGCGGUGCUGUGAGGCUCAGACUAGAAACUCCGUCUGCUGCUCCGGGUUCAAGGACUCCAAACCCACGGAGAACAAAAGGAAUGCAUAGUUCCCUGUGGGAUGCUUUUGAUGGGAAUUAUGGUGGAAAGGAACAUUGUAUCAAUGUUUUAUUGCCUAACAGUGCAAUAGACUGAGUUAGUUUAGCUGUAUUAUAUAAAAUUGAAUACGAUCUUUUUUAUAGCAAACAAUUUGACAUAUUGCAGAAAGACACAGUUGUAGGCUGGCACACAUAGUAUAUGGAGUGGAGUGUAAACCUUAUUCAUGUUAUUAACUCAGGUCAAAAUGCCACACCUCUCUAACACAACAAAAAGUUGAACAUUAUAAUGUAAGCUGGCACAUAUUGUAUUUAUUAAAGGGAAUUGUUUUCUCUGGCUUUUCACAUCAUUGUAUCCACACCCUGAUCAAAAUAUGAGGCACAAUCAUAUUGCAGAUGUGACUUGUUUAUAAAGGCCCUGCACACCCAUGGCAAAUCCACACAGGUGAUUCAAAUUAUUUUUGGCUGAUUACUGUAGACCCAUAGAUACCUCUUCCCAGUGUGAUUGUGUAGGCCUACAGACUGUGCUUGGUUGACACCUCGCUGACUCCUGUCAGUUUUGUACACAGUAGGCUACUUAAGUCUAUUGACCUCACAUCAUUUCCUGUAUAGCUCAGCACAUCUUAAACUUUAGCAGUGGUCUUAUCAUCUACAAUAAUUCAAAACACAGUUGGGCCUUUGAUAACAAAUGUACAAAUGUUGAUUUGCGCUACAUGAUCACCUAAUUAAUAAAAAUAAAUGUGAUGUUUGGUCAGGAAAGUUGCAAACAAUUUUGUUUGCAGACCUCAAACAUGUAUAUGACAAACGUGGAGGAGGUAUAUUCUUGCAGACUGAAAAUGCAGUCUAAAAGAAUGUAAAUCCCACUAUAACGUUUGCGAGGAUAGAAGAAACUUCGCCAUAUUCAUCAAGGUUAUAUUAGGCAUAAUCUAUGAAAAGUAUAUGCAAAACAAAACACUGGAUCGUAGGGCACAGACGUGCAUUUACAGAGGGGAUACAUCUGGUGGCUGACAGAAAAAAAAACAGCUUAAAGAAUGUGAAUCCCCCUAUAAGUUAAACAAGGAAUGAUAUACUUUUUCAUAUACAACAAGGUGAUGAUGUGUUAUAUGAAAAGCGCUAUAUAAAUCCAAUGCAUUAUUAUCAUGAUGAUUAUUACGGUUAUUAUUAUAGGCCUACUCUUUAAGGAAGGGGAAUUCAGAAACAUUAACAAUACCCAAAGGUAGUCAAUGGAACUGUGGAUUACAUGAACACAAUAUUGUUUA